AUGGCGCCAAACAGAGAUGACAGCCCCAGCACCCAAGUCGCUUGCCAUCUGUCGCAGCUAGACAUGGUUGCUCACGAUACUCCGACCUCAAGAAAGCGCCCAGCAGACAUGGCUGAGAUCGACGAAACCCCAGGCGCAUACGACAAGAUCAUGCCCUCUCCCUCUCAUACCAAGUCGCCUACACCCAACAACCCCACCUCACCGCGGGGUCGCUUCGUCCUCCAUCCUCCUCGCCGUGUCACUUCUCCACCACCUCCUACUCCCAUUGCUUCGCCCAAUCUUGAAGACGACCACAAUUUAUCUCUACCCACAGCUAUAAGCAUUGCACAGGACAAAUUGUCCGCCUUGCGCUGCGAUUCUCCAACCAACCCUACCGAACAUGAUACCUGCACCCAAGAUGAGAACAUGACCUGGCAACAAGAUGAAAUUACCGGACACCAUAUUGAUCAUAUGGCCGAUGACGAUGGCGAAGGCAUUAAUGGCAUCGGCUUCAUACCAACUUCUGCUACUGUCACCAAGCGCUCUGAAUGGCGCCGGCGCCAGAUUCUGGAAUAUCGUGCUCGCGAAUCAAGGGAAGCAAGACAACGCCGCUACGACAAACGCAAGGCUUCACACCGCGAUUCUGCCAUCUCUCUCGAUGAGGGUGCUUCCUUUAAGCGCCGUAUGGUUAGAUUCGCCGAGGCCUGA